AUGCUAUAUAGCCAGCUCAAGGCUACAGAACUGGUCUUCCUAUUAGCAGGUCCUAAUGUGAUUGAAUCAGAGGAAUACAUUAUGAAGUUGGCUAAGCACAUAAAGACUAUUACAUCUGUUGGCAUCCCAUUAGUUUUCAAAUCAAGCUUUGUUAAGGCUAAUAGAACAUCAUCAAAAUCUUUUUGUGGCCUAGAGAUGGUUGAGGUGUUGAAGAUACUUGAGAAGGUUAAAGUAGCAUAUGACCUCCCUAUAGUGAUAGAUGUGCAUGACUCUAUCCAAUGUGAAGUAGUCGGCAGAAUUGCAGACAUCAUUCAAAUAACAGCAUUCUUAUGCCAUCAAGUAAAUAUUCUUUACAUCAAGAUCAUUUUGGAUGGCGGAGGUGUUGCAAGUGGAGGUCUUCGAGAAUUAAUACCUUGUAUUGUAAGAACUGCAGUUGCUAUAGGGGUGGAUGGGAUUUUCAUGGAGGUACAUGAUGAUCUAUUGAGUGCACCUAUUGAUGGUCCAACACAGUGGCCUUUUCGCCACUUGGAGGAGUUGCUUGAAGAUCUUGUAGCUAUUGCUAGGAUAAGCAAAGAGAAGAAAAAAAAAUUCAAUAUUGAUCCCACACCAUUUCAUGAAUAA